CAUGUGGUGUGCUCUAGAAUCUCUGCUCUAAAUUUGGAUAUCAAAAGGGAAUGAAAGCCCUUUGAAAUAUCCCAAAAAAAAAAAAAAAAGCUAGCAAAGUGGAUGAGUGAGAGUUACAGUGACUAGAGAAUUACAAUUCUUAAUUAGAUACCCUUUCAAAGAGUUUGUGCACAUCAUGGCCACUCGAAGCCUCUCCUCUAUACUUUCAAUUUCUUCUACUAGUUCUCUACGAUCUUUGGGUCGUUACUUUAGCUGGGGAAGAGCCAUUAAUAGGUUUAGUACCUCUGUUGCUAUUGAGGAACCAAUAAGACCAACUGUUCAAAUAGAUUAUACUCAACUUCUCAUCAAUGGACAAUUUGUUGAUGCUGCAUCAGGAAAAACUUUUCCGACACUGGAUCCUAGGACAGGAGAAGUGAUUACCGAUGUUGCUGAAGGUGACACUGAAGAUGUAAACCGUGCUGUCUCAGCUGCCCGCAAGGCGUUUGAUGAGGGACCAUGGCCAAAGAUGACUCCUUAUGAAAGAUCAUGUAUAAUAUAUCGUUUUGCUGAUUUACUGGAAAAGCACAGAUAUGAAGUUGCAGCACUUGAAACUUGGGAUAAUGGGAAGCCAUAUGAACAGGCUGCCAAUGUUGAAAUACCAUUGGUGAUACGAACAUUUCGAUAUUAUGCUGGUUGGGCAGAUAAAAUUCAUGGUCUCACAGUUCCAGCUGAUGGACCUUACCACGUCCAGACCCUGCACGAACCCAUUGGUGUUGCAGGGCAGCUUGUUCCAUGGAAUUUUCCUCUUCUAAUAUAUUGUUGGAAGGUUGGGCCUGCUUUAGCUUGUGGUAACACAAUGGUACUGAAGACUGCAGAGCUAACACCAUUGUCUGCUCUUUAUGUGUCAAAGCUAUUCCUUGAGGCUGGACUUCCUCCUGGUGUUCUUAAUGUGAUCUCUGGCUUUGGUCCAACUGCUGGUGCAGCACUUUGUAGUCAUAUGGAUGUUGACAAGCUUGAUUUCACUGGGUCAACCGAAACUGGAAAGAUAGUACUUGGACUGGCUUCAAAAAGCAAUCUUAAGAAGGUGACUUUAGAGCUUGGAGGAAAAUCUCCUAUUAUUGUGUGUGAGGAUGCUGACAUUGAUAUGGCUGUUGAGCAUGCACAUUCUGCUGUGUUCUUUAAUCAGGGCCAAUGUUGCUGUGCUGGAUCUCGCACAUUUGUACAUGAAAGCGUAUACAAUGAAUUCAUAGAGAAAGCAAAAGCACGUGCAUUGAAACGUGUAGUUGGAGAUCCUUUCAAGAAGGGGGUUGAACAAGGUCCUCAGAUUAAUGGUGACCAAUUCAAAAAGAUCCUCAACUACAUAAGAUCAGGCAUUGAAAGUGGUGCUACGCUUGAAUAUGGAGGUGAAAGAGUUGGCUCCAAGGGCUAUUAUAUUCAACCCACUGUUUUCUCAAAUGUUGAGGACAACAUGUUGAUAGCAAAGGAAGAGAUCUUUGGCCCAGUACAGUCCAUCUUAAAAUUCAAGACUCUUGAUGAAGUGAUACGAAGGGCGAAUACAACUCAAUUUGGGUUGGCUGCUGGAGUUUUUACUAAGAACAUAGACACUGCCAACACCUUGACUCGUGCUUUGCGUGUUGGGACAGUAUGGAUAAACUGUUAUUUCGUUUUUGAUGCUGCAAUACCUUUCGGUGGGAACAAGAUGAGUGGCAAUGGGAGAGAAAAAGGGAUGUAUGGCCUUAGCAACUACUUGCAAGUUAAGGCCGUUGUUACUCCCCUGAAGAAUCCAGCGUGGCUGUAAUAUCUUUUAUUUUCCAUACCGAUGCUGCCAAAUAUGCAUGGGAAACAGCACCAACGGGUGGGAUUUCAUGAAUGGAAAAUCUUAUUAUUGUCUAUACAUGAGCAAAUAGCUUACUUUGCCUUGUAUGAAAAGUUCUUUUACUUGGUGGUAAUUCAAAUCAGUCUCUUCAUUGCUAUGAUUUAAUUUGUCUGACACAUUAACUUAUCUACAUCUUACAAUUACUCCUUA